CGCAGCCUCAGAUAAAACGGCGGAACUUUUCUUCACAAUAUAAUAAACAUCACUGUGUAGUGUCUUAUUAACAAUCUAAAUUGUUAUUAUAUUAAAAUAAUAUAUCUGUGGAUCAAUUCGWUCAAACGUGAAGCAGUUACGACUUACAAGUUACCAUUCAUUCAAAGACGCUGCAGCUGCGAUACUCCGCUUAACAGCUGCUGCCGCAGUCUCGCGACUCUCGCCAUACGCUAUCAAAGAAGACCUUCACUGAUAAUGCCUUUUGUGAUACGAAAUGUACACAUUGCCAAUAAUAAAUAAUAUAAAUAUUAUUAUACAUAUACAGUCGUGUCUUGUAUUUUUUUUGUCCCCUAUGGUGUUCUAAACAUUCACACUGAUAGAGAAUGGCAUAACAAAGGCCUUUUAUUCAUUAGUUUAAAACUCCCCCGUUGUCGCGUUACGUAGCACGAACAUAAUAAUAAUAAUWAUUAUUAUUACUAUUGGACAUCCAUUAUUUUCAGUUUUUCACUGCACUCCAUCCCCGCACGAAUUAACACCGUUUGAUUAUUCCGUACGCACAUCAAACGACCGAAAAAUCGUCCACAUUCUUUUGUCCAAUAUAUUAUGGCCAGUUGGACAKUCUAAAGUACAAAUUGCAGCGAAAAAGUUACUUAGUUUCAAAAAUUUUAAAAUGGAGGAAAGUCACCCAUCUUCGUCUAAUACAACAGACAACCAAGAACACGAUUAUAAAGUAACAUGGACACAUCCAAGUCAUAUUUUUCAACGACUUAUAGCAUUAUUUUUGAUGUGUUUAAUUGGAUUUGGUUCAUAUUUUUGCUUUGAUAAUCCUGGAGCAUUACAAGAUAAUUUUAUUCAAGAUAUGAACUUAACAACUUCRCAAUUUGUCUAUCUGUAUUCAUGGUAUUCUUGGCCGAAUGUUGUAAUGUGUUUCAUUGGUGGAUUUUUAAUUGACAGUGUUUUUGGGAUACGUUUAGGUACUGUCAUCUAUGCAUUGUUGGUCGUUCUUGGUCAAAUAGUAUUUGCUGCUGGAGCAUAUUUGAACGCCCUAUGGAUUAUGAUACUUGGCCGUCUGAUUUUUGGAAUUGGUGGAGAAUCAUUGGCUGUUGCCCAAAACAACUAUGCAGUAUUGUGGUUUAAAGGAAAAGAACUUAAUAUGGUGUUUGGAUUUCAAAUAAGUUUUGCCAGAGUUGGUUCAACAGUUAAUUUUGUAGUUAUGGAACCAUUAUAUCGAUAUGUUAAAAACCAAAUAAAUGUCCCUAACUAUCAAAGUUUAUCCAUUGUUUUGUUAAUWGCAAGCUUAACCUGUGUUUUAUCAUUGGUAAGUGCCUUAUUACUUGCUUGGCAAGAUAAAAGAGCUGAAAAACUACUUCACCGAAAAACACUUGAAGCUACUGAAGUUGUAAAAAUGUCUGAUGUGUGGUACUUUCCAAAAGUAUUUUGGCUUGUUACAUUCAUUAUUGUUUUCUAUUACACAUCAAUAUUUCCAUUUGUUGCGUUAGGAAAAGUAUUCUUUGAAAAAAAGUACAACUUUUCACCCGAUUCAGCCAAUUUGAUUAAUGGGAUUAUUUACAUCAUAUCAGCUAUAUGUGCACCAGGACUUGGUUUAGUCAUUGAUAAAACUGGAAGAAAUCUAUUUUGGGUAUUUUUAUCAAUUUUUGGUACCUUAGUUUCACACAUGUUCUUGGCAUUUACAUUUGUAAACCCCUAUAUUGCCAUGUUCACAAUGGGAUUGUCUUACUCGAUGUUGGCAAGUGCAUUGUGGCCUUUGAUUGCAAUGGUUAUUCCAGAACAUCAAAUGGGAACAGCAUAUGGCAUAGCGCAGUCCGUUGAAAAUCUAGGGCUUGCUGUUGUUGCUUUGUUAAGUGGUAUUAUAGUUGACUCGGAUGGUUACUAUAUGGUAGAAUUAUUUUUCUGUCUUUUAUUAUCAGCUGCUUUGUUACUGACCGCUGUUUUAUGGACAUGGGAUUCAAUGAGUAAUGGAGUAUUAAAUAUGAGUAUUAAACAAAGAAACCAACUUGAAUCAAACAAAACUCCUUGUGCAGAAACACAAAAUCUUUUACAAAAUAAUGACACCUAUACUGAAGACUAAAUAUUAACUUUAAAUUUUAAGUUAAUUUUUAUAGUUUGAAAAACUAAUCUUUGAACAAUAUGACUUUAUCCUUAAAUAAAUAUAUCAUAACUAAUCCUGAUUUAUAAAUAUUUUAUAUGUACAGCAAAUAUAUUCAUAAACCAAAUCAUAUUUGUUUCGCAAUAUUGUAUUCGUGUAGCAUUAUAUAUAAAAAUAGUUUAAACAAUAUGAUUUUUUUGAAUACAUAAGACGUAAUUAUUUAUUUUUAUAUAAUUUCUUCAAACUGUAUUUUUUAAAUGUUUAUCUGUGUAUUAUAUUAUUUAAAAGCUAACCAUGCCUAUUUAACUGAUACCAGCGUAAUUGUAUAGAGUAUGAUAACAAACUUAGGCUUCAACUUGAACUUCUUACAUUGACUAUUCUUUGAAUUCUUUACAUAAUAGAGCAUUUGUUUUACCCAUUAAAUAUUGAUUAAAAUAUUUAUUAUGUUUAUUUUUUAUAGCAUAAUUUAAA